GGUUAUUGGUGUGUGAUUGGCGUGUGGUUGGCGUGUGGUUGGCGUGUGGUUGGCGUGUGAUUGGCGUGUGAUUGGUUAUUGGCGUGUGAUUGGCGUGUGAUUGGCAUGUGAUUGGCAUGUGAUCGUUAUUGGCGUGUGGUUGGCGUGUGAUUGGCGUGUGGUUGGCAUGUGUUUGGCGUGUGACUGGCUUGUCUUUGCCGUCGUGCUGCCGGUGCCGUGCCGGUGCCAUCGCAGCCCCGGUGCCAUGGCCGCCGUGGCGCUGCCGGGGCGGUGCCAGUGCGGUGCCGGGGCGGUGGCGGUGCGGUGGCGGUGCGGGUGCCAGGCGGGUCCCCCCGUGUCCCCGCAGUCGGGGCUGUCCGAUGGGGACCCGUUUGACGGCGGGUGGUGCGCGGGGCGCGAGGACGCGGAGCAGUGGCUCGAGGUGGACGCCCGGCGCCUCACCCGCUUCACCGGAGUCAUCACCCAGGGCCUCAACUCCAUCUGGACGUACGACUGGGUGACAGCCUACAAGGUGCAGGUCAGCAACGACUCCCACACGUGGCGGCCGUGCCGCAACGGCACCCACGAGGCGGUGUUCCCUGCCAAUAAGGACCCCGAGACGCCGGUGCUGAACCUUCUGCCGGAGCCCGUGGUGGCGCGGUACCUGCGCAUCAACCCCCAGAGCUGGUUCCCCAACGGCACCAUCUGCCUGCGCGCCGAGGUCCUGGGGUGCCCCCUGCCAGACCCGGACAACCCCUACUCCUGGCCCAGCGCCCCGCUCCCUACGGACCCUCUGGAUUUCCGCCACCACAACUACAAGGAGAUGAGAAAGCUGAUGAAGCGGGUGAUGGACGAGUGCCCCGACAUCACGCGCGUCUACAGCAUCGGGAAGAGCUCGCGGGGCCUCAAGCUCUACGUCAUGGAGAUCUCCGACCACCCCGGGCACCACGAAGUGGGUGAGCCCGAGUUCCGCUACGUGGCGGGGAUGCACGGCAAUGAGGUGCUGGGCCGGGAGCUGCUCCUCAACCUGAUGGAAUACCUGUGCCGGGAGUUCCGGCGCGGCAACCCGCGUGUGGUGCAGCUGGUGACCGAGACCCGCAUCCACCUCCUGCCCUCCAUGAACCCCGAUGGCUACGAGACCGCCUACAAGCUGGGCUCGGAGCUGUCGGGCUGGGCCAUGGGCCGGUGGACCUACGAGGGCAUCGACCUCAACCACAACUUCGCCGACCUCAACACGGCACUGUGGGACGCGGAGGACAACGACCUGGUGCCCCACCAGUUCCCCAACCACUACAUCCCCAUCCCCGAGUACUACACCUUCGCCAACGCCACGGUGGCCCCCGAGACGCGGGCGGUGAUCGACUGGAUGCAGCGCUACCCCUUCGUGCUGAGCGCCAACCUGCACGGUGGCGAGCUGGUGGUCACCUACCCCUUUGACAUGACGCGCACCUACUGGAAGGCGCAGGAGCUGACCCCGACGCCCGACGACGGCGUCUUCCGCUGGUUGGCCACCGUCUACGCCACCUCCAACCUGGCCAUGGCCAACGAGGAGCGGCGCCUCUGCCACUACGACGACUUCACCCGCUACGGCAACAUCAUCAACGGCGCCAACUGGCACACGGUGGCCGGCAGCAUGAACGACUUCAGCUACCUGCACACCAACUGCUUCGAGAUCACGGUGGAGCUCUCGUGCGACAAGUUCCCGCACGCCUCCGAGCUGCCAGAGGAGUGGGAGAACAACCGGGAGUCCCUGCUGCUCUACAUGGAGCAGGUUCACCGUGGGAUCAAGGGAGUGGUUCGGGACAGCGACACGGAUGAGGGCAUCGCCAACGCCAUCAUCUCCGUGGAUGGCAUCAACCACGACAUCCGGACGGCCGUCGACGGGGAUUACUGGCGGCUGCUGAACCCGGGCGAGUACGAGGUGACGGCACGGGCUGAGGGCUACGAGGCGGCCACGCGGCCGUGCCGCGUCUCCUACGAGAACGUGCCCACCGCCUGCAGCUUCCGCCUGGCGCGGGCGCGAGGGCGGCGGCCGGCACCGCACCGCCUGCCCCUCGACCCGCAGCUGCGGCUGCGACGCCAGCGCCUGCACCGCCUGCGCGCCCAGCGCCGCAACCCGUGACGGGCGCUGCCCCGGGGCCGCGGGCUCGGUGCCGGGGGCUGCACCCACCCGGGCGGUGGGCGACAACGCGGAGUGGGGGCUCCCAGUAAAGCUGCCUCUGCUGCCUCCGUGCCUGCCCCGCUCUCGCCCUGACGCCGCAUCCCGGUCCUUGUCCCGGUCCUUGUCCCGGUCCUUGUCACAGUCCCUGGGUCCGGAUCCCGGGGAGCUGGGCAGGAUGCUCGCUCGGUCCCAGGAUGGAUCCUGCCCUGCUCUGUUAGAGAAGCCGGGUCCCAGUCCUCCUCCCAGAUGCUGCAUCCUGGUCCUUAUCCCAGGCCUUGUCCCAGUUCCUGGGUUCCUGUCCUGGUACCCAGGUUCCCGUCCUCGUCCCAGUUUCUGGUCCUUGUCCCGGUUCCUGAGUCCCGGUUCUUGUCCCAGCUCCUGGGUUCCUGUCCUUGUCCUGGUUCCCAGUCCUUGUCCUAGUUCCCAGGUCCUGACCCCAGUGGGCUGGGCAGGAUGCUCACUCCGUCCCAGGAUGGAUCCUGCCCCGCUCUGUCCCAGCUGCUGGGUCCUGGUCCUUGUCCCAGUUCCUGUGUUCUUCUCCCUGGCCUGGUUCCCAGUUCCCAGUCCUUGUCCCAGUUUCCAGGUCCUGGUCCCAGUGGGUUGGAUGCUCACUCGGUCCCGGGAUGGAUGCUGCCCUGCUCUGUCCCAGAUGCUGAGUCCCAGUCAUGGUCCUUGUCCCAAGGGUCGUGUCCUGGUCCUUAUCCCAGUCCUUGUCCCAGUUCCUGGGUCCUUAUCCCGGUUCCCAGUUCCCAGUCCUUCUCCUGGCUCCUCAGUUGGUGUCCUGGUUCCCGGUUCCCGGGUUUUGUCCCGGUUCCCGGGUUUUGUCCCGGCUCCCAGCUCCUGAUCCUGGUGAGUUGGAGCAGGACGCUCACUCAAUCCCAGGAUGGAUGCUGCCCCGCUCUGUCUACAAGCACGGGGUCCCAGUGCUUGCCCCAGGGGUCGCAUCCUGCUCCCUAUCCCAGCCCCUGUCCCUCUUCCCUGCUCCUGGUGGCUGGGUGGGAAGCUCGCUGGGUCCCGGUGCCCGUGCAGGCUGAGGCC